AUGACGCAGUUUCAGAAGAAGGUCUUGGACAAGAUCCUGCGACUGUCGACUAUCACUGCAGACCACGGUGCUGUGGCAGCCGCAGUGGGAGCUGAGGCAGUGGAUACUGCGGCUAACGACAGUGAUGGUGCAGCAGCGAGAGCAGCCGCUGGGGACCACGAACAGGCGGUGGGUGGCGGAGAGGCUGCUGCCAUGGGCACACAUGCCGUGGAUGGUGGCACGGGUGGCGGCUGCACAGCAGGCGUCGCAGCAGCAGCAACCGCAGGGGGGGACACCGGCACGGGUCCCAGGCAGGGCGAGGCGGGCGUUGCCCAGGACGAAGAUACCACCAACUACGAUGCGUUCAAGGAGUGGGUCGGCGAGGUGCCAAGAGCGGCUAAGGGCGCAGCUGGCAAGCGCAGGCGGGGUGGCGGUGAUGACGACGACCUGGGUGCGAGGUCAGGGCGCAAGGUUGGAAAUAAACGGCAGAAGGGGAACAAGGGUGCAGGCCGGGGCAGGGGUGCAAGCAAGGGGACCACCAGAGGGCGUGGAUGCAGCAGCGGUGGGAGAACUGGGCGCGGGACAGGGCGCGUGGACAGCAACACAGGCGGUGGAGCUGAGGAGGCAUUGGUGUCUGGAGAGAACGAUGCAAUUCAGGACGAGGAUACCACCGACUAUGAUGCGUUCAAGGAGAGGGCCGGCGAGGUGCCAAGAGCAGCUAAGGGUGCAGCUGGCAAGUGCAGGCGGGGUUGCGGUGAUGACGACGACCUGGGUGCGAGGUCGGGGCGCAAGGUUGGAAAUAAAUGGCAGAAGGGGAACAAGGGUGCAGGCUGGGGCAGGGGUGCAAGCAAGGGGACCACCAGAGGUGCAGGGAAGGGUGGUGCAGGCAAGGGAGGGCAGAGGGGGCGGACAGAGGAGGGUAGCUCGGAGGGUGGGUCGGAUGCUGCACCGCGUAAAAUCCACCCGUAAUCACUGGGUCUUCACCCGUAAUUUUGCGUGUAAUUGGUUACAUGCGCCCGUAAUUAACCUCCAGCACCGCGUAAAAUCCACCCGUAAUCACUGGGUCUUCACCCGUAAAUGUUCACCUGUAUCCUUGUGCUCAAAUUACGGGACCCGUAACGUGUUACGGACCCGUAAUUUCUGUCAAAUUACGGGUGGAUUGACCCAAAAUUACGGGUAAAAUGACCCCCCUUUUCCCAGAGUGCGAGUGAACUGGUCCAUCCUGCACCACAAGCGCCAUUGUGGGUCUAACUCCUAUGCUUACGUAUCAUGCCUGUGCACUGAAGGCCUGCAUGUAACUCUGGCAAGCAUGCUACACCCUGACAUGAGCAUGUAC